GCGCACACAGAAUGAAUAUUUUUUUCAAUAUGAGGGGGACGGUUGUGAGGCAAAUAGCAGAGGACAGAGCUGUUGCAGAGGCAGCCAUGAGCCCUCCACGCCGAUCAUCGAGCCCUCCGCGCCGAUCAUCGAGCCCUCCACGCCGAUCAUCGAGCCCUCCGCGCCGAUCAUCGAGCCCUCCGCGCCGAUCAUCGAGCCCUCCGCGCCGAUCAUCAAGUUCCCAUGGUGACAGGCCCUCCAAUGAGACCCUUCAGAGAAACAACAGCAGCAACUCUGGCGUUAUUCUGGACAUCUCGGCUCUCAAGAUGGCAGAAGUGGACUCCGAGGUGCCUCCUCUUCCACCUCGCUAUCGCUUCAGGGACUUGUUGCUGGGGGACCAGACGUUUCAGAAUGAUGACAGGGUGCAGGUGGAGUUCUAUGUCAACGAAAACACCUUCAAGGAGAGGCUGAAGCUUUUCUUCAUCAAAAACCAAAGGUCAAGCCUCAGAAUCCGCCUGUUCAACUUCUCACUGAAGAUCCUCACCUGUGUCCUCUACAUAGUAAGAGUCAGCCUGGAUAACCCAAAGGAGGUCAACGGCAACCUAUGUGCAAUAUGUCCAGACAACAACAACACAGCAGACUCAACAGAAAUCAACUGGUCGUUGAUUUUCUGGGUUACCAGACGGGAACCUGUAUGGGCGAUACAGGUGACAGUGGCCUUAAUCAGUUUCUUGGAGACGAUGCUUAUCACAUAUCUCAGCUACAAGGGGAACAUUUGGGAGCAGAUCUUCCAGAUAUCCUUUAUAUUGGAGAUGAUCAAUUCAGUGCCAUUUAUAAUCACAAUCUUCUGGGCUCCAUUGAGAAACAUAUUCGUUCCUGUAUUUCUUAACUGCUGGCUAGCCAAAGGUGCCCUGGAGAACAUGAUUAAUGACUUCCAUCGUGCCAUCCAGCGGACCCACUCUGCCAUGUUCAACCAGGUGUUCAUCCUCAUCUGCACCUUACUGUGUCUGGUUUUCACUGGAGCUUGUGGAAUCCAGCAUCUAGAGAGAGCCGGGAAGCACCUGACCCUGUUUGACUCGUUCUAUUUCUGCAUCGUCACCUUCUCCACUGUGGGCUAUGGGGAUGUCACGCCACAAAUCUGGCCCUCCCAGCUGCUGGUGGUCAUUCUCAUCUGUGUUGCCCUGGUGGUGCUCCCACUGCAGUUUGAAGAACUAGCAUACCUGUGGAUGGAGAGCCAAAAGUUAGGAGGGAACUACAGCCGCCACCGGGCACAGACAGAGAAGCAUGUGGUGUUGUGUGUCAGCUCGCUGAAGAUUGACCUGCUCAUGGAUUUCCUCAACGAGUUCUACGCUCAUCCCAGACUACAGGACUACUAUGUGGUGAUCCUGUGUCCAACAGAGAUAGACAUUCAGGUUCGCCGUAUCCUCCAAAUCCCUCUGUGGUCCCAGAGGGUCAUCUACCUGCAAGGAUCUGCCCUCAAAGACCAGGACCUGAUGAGGGCCAAGAUGGAUGAUGCUGAGGCCUGCUUCAUCCUCAGCAGCAGGAACGAGCUCGACCGAACUGCUGCUGUGAGUUACGUCAACAGGAAUCAGUCUUGGCUGCUUCUAAUUGUCCCAAUUCUCAAACCAGAAAAUAAAUUCCAUGUUAAGUUUGCAGAUCAUGUAGUAUGUGAAGAGGAGUUCAAGUAUGCCAUGUUGGCGCUGAACUGCGUGUGUCCCGCCACAUCUACCUUAGUCACACUCUUGGUUCACACCUCCAGAGGACAGGAGGGGCAGCUGUCACCGGAGCAUUGGCAGAGGAUGUAUGGACGCUGCUCUGGAAACGAGGUCUACCACAUCCGCUUGUGUGACAGCAAGUUUUUUGGGGAGUAUGAUGGAAAGAGCUUCACCUACGCCUCUUUCCACGCCCAUAAGAAAUAUGGUGUGUGUUUGAUCGGAGUGAAGAGGGAGGACAACAAGAGCAUCCUUCUGAACCCCGGCCCCCGCCACAUCAUGGCUGCCCCCGACACUUGCUACUACAUCAACAUCACCAAGGAGGAGAACUCAGCCUUCAUCUUCAAACAAGAGGAGAAGCACAACAAGGGCCUGUCCGUCACCGGCCUCUACGACGCCCCCUCCAGGCUGCCCGUGCACAGCAUCAUCGCCAGCAUGGGCACUGUAGCCAUAGAUCUCCAGAACCCUGAUCCUCCCGAGGAAAGCGGCAAGCUGACCUUGCCGACGGAGAACGGCUCUGGAAGCCGCAGGCCGAGCAUCGCGCCUGUCCUAGAGAUCACCGACUCCUCUGCCAUUCUGCCCUGCGACCUCCUCAGCGACCAAUCAGAGGAUGAGACCAACCAAUCUGACGACGAGGGCUCCGUAGGGUCAGAUUUUGUGAAGGGCUACCCUCCCAACUCGCCCUACAUCGGCAGCUCUCCAACUCUGUGCCACCUCCUGCCACAGAAAGCUUCAUUCUGCUGCCUUCGUCUCGACAAGGGCUGCACACAUAGCAGCUUCGAGGAUGCCAAGGCAUACGGCUUCAAGAAUAAGCUGAUUAUAGUGUCUGCAGAGACGGCCGGAAACGGUCUCUACAACUUCAUCGUCCCUCUGCGCGCUUACUAUCGGCCCAGGAAGGAGCUCAACCCCAUAGUGCUGCUGCUGGACAACAUGCCAGACAACCACUUUUUGGAGGCCAUUUGCUGCUUUCCAAUGGUUUACUACAUGAAAGGCACGAUCGAUAGCUUGGACAACCUGCUACAGUGUGGCAUAAUCUACGCUGACAACUUAGUGGUUGUGGACAAGGAGAGCACCAUGAGCGCUGAGGAGGACUACAUGGCAGACGCUAAGACCAUCGUCAACGUCCAGACAAUGUUCAGGUUGUUCCCCAGUCUCAGCAUCAUCACUGAGCUCACACACCCGUCCAACAUGAGGUUCAUGCAGUUCAGAGCCAAGGACUGCUACUCACUCGCUCUCUCCAAACUGGAGAAGAUAGAGCGUGAUAAGGGCUCCAACUUGGCCUUCAUGUUCCGGCUGCCGUUUGCUGCAGGCAGAGUGUUCAGCAUCAGCAUGUUGGAUACACUGCUUUACCAGUCGUUCGUUAAGGACUAUAUGAUCGCUAUAGCGAGGCUUCUCCUCGGUCUAGACACCACGCCUGGCUCUGGGUACCUGUGUGCUAUGAAGAUCACAGAGGAGGACCUGUGGAUCAGGACUUACGGCAGACUCUUCCAGAAGCUUUGUUCCUCCAGCGCUGAGAUCCCCAUAGGGAUCUACCGCACCGAGUCGCACAUGUUCUCAACCUCAGAGUCUCAGGUGUCCAUCAACACACAGCAGGGCGAGGAGCAUCGCGAGCACAGAGAGUCCUGGAAGGAGAAGACGGCCCACAGAAACUCCUCGGCGAGCGACCAAUCGGAGCACCCUCUGCUGAGGAAGAAGAGCAUGCAGUGGGCCCGGCGGCUGAGCAGGAAGAGCACCAAACCGUCCAGCAGGGCAGAGCGUAUCUCGCAGCAGAGACUCAACCUGUACCGACGCUCCGAGCGACAGGAGCUGUCGGAGCUGGUCAAGAAUCGCAUGAAGCACCUGGGCCUGCCCACCGUGGGAUACGACGAGAUGAACGACCACCAGAACACACUGUCCUACGUCCUAAUCAAUCCGCCUCCUGACACCAUGCUGGAGCUCAACGACAUUGUGUACAUUAUCCGGUCAGACCCGCUGGCACACAUGCCAGAGGACUCCCAGGUGGGGCAGGCCCGCAGCACCAGGAACCAGCAGGACUUUGGCACAGAGACAAGAGACGAGACUCACCUCUAAAAAAAAUGUAAGAAAAAGAAAACAUCGGUCCUCGACACCCUGACACCUUAAUCUGUAAGCCGCGCCCGGGCCGACAAAGCAUGUUUGUCACACCCAGAUGGAGGCUUGUCUCUGGUCAAGAACAGCAGUCCAUAGUACAUUACGUGUCUCUCAGCCUCGGAUCCGAAAUAAUCAACCUUUUAAAAGAUGACCCUGAGAGACCUGCUGUUUCCCCAGUGAGCUGCUACCGGAGGAUGCAUGAAGAGUGCCUCGCUAUCGACCACGACUCCCCUCGCACACCUUCUGUACUAACACAGUUCACUGUCGCAACCAAGCACAGGAAACGGCUAACUCCUUCCAACCAAAGGACUCUGAGAUUUUAAUGGAUGUUGUGAGAGGUCUUUGAAUAGUCGAAAGCUUUUUGUGCACAUACCGUACCAUCAUUUCACUUGGGGGGGUGGGUGGGGGGGACAUGCCACAUCUCAGGCCGACUUCCUCUACGCCUGUUUCUGCCUAAACUCACAAAGAGUUGAAUCUCGUGGCAACUGCACCCUCCGCCACAUCUUCAAUUUCUAACAAUUUAAGCAUUUACCAUGAAAUUACAGUACAUGUGCACUCUAUUUAUUACAUACGUCUGUUUUCAUUUUUGUCGGUUUCUUAUCAGACAGGAUUUUCAUUUGCUUUAUGAGCACAAACUUUUUUUUACAAGAAAACGGUCAUCUGUGAAUAUAUACACACUGUAGUGGCUCUUUAAUCAGCCAUAUUAGAAUUGUCAGCAUUUCUCUCUUUGUUGUGUUGGACACUGAUUUCCGUUGUGGUUAUUGUUAAAGAAUGAAUAUUGUUAUUUUAUUUCACUAUUUUAAGUGUCCCAAAUCAUCAGUCUGCUAUACAGUAUGUGCCAUUCUUUUGUUUAUUCUACUGCUUUGUAAAUAUCUUGAAAUGAUUUGUACAUGAUGUGCCAUUUUGCAUCUGUUUUGUGAUAUCAGUGUUAGUGUUUUAUUUUUUAUUUUUGAGCCUGGCCGAUUUAUUGGCUGGGACGAUAUUAUCAGCUGAUCUGAGCUUGUCAAAGAUAUGGCAGGCUCAUGUCACGGUGGCUAUUUUAACGUAUUUCAAGUUUGCCCACAACACUCUACUUCAUUUAUGUAUGUUUAGUCUUAUUUUUCUUAGCGAAACCUAAGCAUAUUCAUGUAUUUGUUUGUUUUUUUAUUUAUAGUUUAAUGUUUUUGAUGCAUUUAUGCAUUCAAAUGUAAAAUGUCUCACUCACUACAUAUCUUGGUAACAACGUUUUCAUAACCAGAUUUAAAGGAAUAGUUUGAAGUGUGGGUAGAUAACCCUAUUUGUUAUUUUGCAAAGUUAGUUGAGAAGCUUGACACCACUCUUAUGCUGUAUGAUUAUUUUAUUUUAAUUGUAUACUUUUUUAUUGAUCCCCAGGGGGGAAAUUACAAUUUACACACACACACACACACAGAACCUAUUCAUGAUAAAUAUAAAGCUAGCGCCAGCAGCCGAUUAUCUUAGCAUAAAGGAUACGCUUAUGAAAGCGGGGGGGAAACGGGUAGCAGCACCUCUAAAGCUUGCUACUGUAAUAAA